GUUCACGUCAGGUACGAGCUGUGUUAGCUCCUAGCAAUUAGUCUAUCAAUCCAGAUCCGUCAGUCCCGAGCGUGAGGCAGUCCUGAAAAAAAUCCACCCGCCAGCACUACCUCACCAUCAAACUAUACCGACAAACCUCUCAGACACCGACCACUCAGCCACUGUUGUCAGUGCAGCGCCACAUACAUACCCUUGUUGGCCCUGACGAGCAUUGAGGAAGCAAUCUGGAUCGUCACUGGGCAUCGUGUGAUCGCAUGUCCGGCACUUCCGCUCAGGACAGGGCUUCCGGACUCGCCAGUCCCUUCCUCACUUAACCUGCGACGACUGCCUCAUCCACGGCGCCAACCACGCCCCACUCCCAGAGACACACAAGCAAACACAAGAGACAGAAACACAACGUUUAGACUUUUUUGACAGCUCCCCACAUCGACGUCGGCCACCAUGGCUGAGCUCCAGAACGCCAACCCUACCAUCAUCAACCUGUCUGAGCUCCCCACCAGGAGGCGCCAGAGGCAGGCCCAGCGCCGCCCCGAUGACGACCUUGUCAGCUUCUCGCCCAGGCCCCCUCACUGGGAGAAGCUCCUCCAUGAGUCCUUUGAGGGCUUCGAGACCAAGUCUGUUUCGGAUAGCUCCGAUGCUGAGGACCCCAUCGACGAGCAGGAAAUCUUUGAUCUGAUCUCCACGAUUUCCGAUCCGGAGCAUCCCCUCACUCUAGGACAGCUCGCCGUUGUCAAUCUUCCGGAUAUCCGCCUUGACCCGCCCCCGGCCCCCGGGGUGGGGCCUAGCCUGGAUACCGUGACCACGGUCACGGUCGAGCUGACGCCGACCGUCAACCACUGCAGCCUCGCCACCAUCAUUGGUCUCGCCGUGCGUGUGCGACUCGAGGCCUGUCUGCCGCCAAACUACAGGGUCGAUGUCUGCAUGAAGGACGGCUCCCACGCACAGGAUGACCAGGUGAACAAGCAGCUCGCUGAUAAGGAGCGCGUCGCUGCAGCCCUGGAGAACGACACCCUGAAGCGGACCCUCGACACCAUGAUGGAGACAUGCGUGAGCGGAUAUGCCAAAGACAUUGACUCGGACUGAGUGACAUCGAUUCUUCGCGUCGAUUCGUGCGGGACCAACUCGCUACAAAAGACACUUCACAAGGCGGGAAUCCUAGGCACAGCCAUGGCCCCGGUGCAGCGUUGCAGGCGUUCAGGAUGCCACGUCGCAAGGAAAAGGGGACUGCAACCCAGGCUGCCAGGCAGAUGCGAGCCUGGCCUCCCCUCCACUGGCAACUAUGCCAUCACGAAAAAGCAGGGCAUCAAUGCUACCGACCUCGAACGUCCUGCCACGCCCAUGCGGAGGAUCUGCGUCCUGGGCAUCCCCCGGCGCGCGGAUGGUGGGGUUUCGAAUCACCCGCCAAGUUUAAGCUUUUGGCCAUGGAAGGCGUCCGCUGUCUGGGCGGCUCAGGAAGAUGGGUGUCUGCUGGACAUUGUCUGCAGUAGUUUGGACCGGGGCUUGAGUGACGCAUGUCGAGCACCAGCUGGCCCAGAUUACCGAAAAAGGACCCUUCGAAGAGCGAAGGGCUUUUUCGAAACCUGGGUUGGGGUCUGCGCCAUUAUGUACCAUCCCAUUUGGGGGGGGGGGGACAAUUGCCAGGCAGCCGGCUCCUCCCUUGAGAUCUGAUGUACUUUGCAUCCGAGCUAUGUUAGAGAACUUUGGAGCUGGUUUCUAGAAUCCGGCUGCCACAAUGCCCAGAAGCUAAACUACUUUCCCGGUAUGGUGUGCUCAGCAGGACUGUGAGACCCUUUCCUCUUGGUCUGGUUCUGUGUACGUACACACAAUCCCAAUGCCCCUAGCUGGGUAGGUUGGGGGGAAUCAGCCGCCGAGACAGGCGGGCGAACGGAGAGUGCGAGUGCGAAGGCUGUCUACCGCCUCUGCCAACGUUGUAUUGUAGAGACCGCCCACGUCGUACCAAACAACAAGGCAGCAUGGUACGCUAGGGACUGCGUUGGGCUCACCCCUCGUGGCAUGUCCCGCGAUCUCUAACACACCUCGUCGUGGUGUUGUCUAGGUAGUUAGGUAGUAUUACACAGCAAGAGGCCUGGCGUGUGUGGAUAAUAGGCCCAACGUGCUUGGACCUAACGCGGUGCCAUGCGGGCUUGUUCCAGGUUUCUGGUCAGGGCCCUUAAUAACUCAACGGCUGCGACUCCCCAUUGCCCCCCGAUCCGAUCCCCGGUGUAUACUUUCAACACACCUCAGGCGUUUGUCAGCCUGUCAAGUACCGAGAGCCCCAUUGACGCCUGGCCCUUUCCCACCUGUUUCCCCACGCUCUCUGCUCACUCGCCUUGCUUGACCUGACCCAGGGGCCUGACUGCGGCCCCUCGAGAGCCUCAAGAGCCGACGGGAAGUUCUUCACCACACCCUCCCCCCAGACGUCCUCCCCCCUCCCGAUGUCACAUAUAUCUGAGCGCAGAAAUAGCAAAUGAAAAAGGAGGUGCGACGACAGGCCAGCAGCAGCAGCAUGCACACUCGCAAUGCAUACUGCGCGCAACUCCCAGCCCUAUAGCGGUCACAACACAAGGGGAAAGAAAGCAUAACCUGGACCAAUCCGACCCGUCAAGUAAUCACAGGAGUACUGGACAUACUUACCUCGUCUGAUGUGUCUGUGUGUGUGCAUGGAUGUGCUCCAUCCCGCCGCCCUCUCCAACCCUCUCGCAAGUGCCAUGCCGCGACCGACGAAACUAGCACCAUCGAGCAGUCAAGGCAGCCCAGCUCAACAUCAGCAAGCUUUCGUUCUGUGCGUCGGCGCUACCGAACGAACAACACACUCGAAGAACGGAAGGGUCUGAUCUUCACACUCGGCCUAGAGUCUUACCGCGGAUCGACCUCAGAUCGCGCGUCUCAGGUUCUUCCAGCCGGCCUUCCUUUGUUCUACCUGCCCUCGCCGGCCUCUGCGCCUCACCCCAGCAGCAGCCCGGUUGAGGGCGGCGAGAUGGGUGGGUGGCAGAUUUAACUGUGCAGGCGAACGCCCGAUAAGGUUUUGCUUGGCGUAGGGUGAACCUUGUGGCACGCAGCUCGAGAGCCCUGCAUGGGCAUAGCAGCAACGGAGUAGAUGUGUACAUGAGAUACUUCCUUUCGUCCAUAGUCUCCCUGUCUCCCUUGCUAGGUGCUUCCAAGGCCUCAACCCCCUUCGAUGAUAUACCCUUUCCCAGCCCCUCACACCCCGGGCCCCAGGGGUCUGUGAGGUAUCAUUGCGAAACCACCAGAUGGGUCCAUCCUCUUCUCGGUGCGGUUCGGGGCGUGGGGUAGGUAGGGGAGGCCAUAUCGCAACUGCCGCCCCGUUGCAGCAAUGGACUGCAUACAACAUGCACACCGACCGCAUCGCUUUGUUCGCUUGGGGGGGUGUUCAAGAAGAGAAACAGGGAAGGGGGGGAAAUCAAGAAACAAACAUACUCUCAGGCGCAAAUUAAGCAAUAUUCCCCGAGGCCGCGGCGAGCAACCGCCUGGGCCCACGUUGUGUGCGGUGUAUACUAUAGUCUAUUCCCUUCAUAUAGUUGUGAUAUAGACACCUGACAGAUACACGCUGAGCAUAAAAAGACACAGCUGACAGACACCCUCCACCGGCCUGGGACAGCCCGGCAGGGAGGAUAAAUGCGUAGCCUGGAGGAGGAUGACG